CACCGCUCAGCAGACUUAUUGCUCGGGCAGCUUUGCGUGAACUGAUUUUGAUCGAUUGAUACAUUUCUUACUGAACAUCUUAUAUUUUGGAUUUGACCAAAGCAGGGAGGAAGCAUGCAGACGACCAGCUGACUGACACUGAAAACCCGGAGUUCUUUUAAGUUGCAGUCAUGGACUCCCGGUCUCCACUGACCGUCUGUCUGUACAUACAGCUGUCAGUGUGUCUUCUGGGUUCUAGUGCCUCUGCCACCACCACCAGCCUGUGGGGUAAGAAAGUGCAAUUCAACGGUCGUCCUUGCAUUUGGCAGCUACAGCCAGGUGUCGUGGUGCCGGCCCUGGAGGAGCUGAGUGUUUGCCUGCUCGUACGCCGCAACUUUGCAACCGAGUGGACAGGGUUCGUGUACAAAGCGCCGGGAGGUAAAAGAAUAGAGCUGGGACUCGGGGGCUCAGGUUCAGAGCUGACGGUGUGGCUGUUCGGAGAGAGAGUGCCUCUGCUCUUGGAACUGAAAGUCAAAGAGUGGUACUCUGUGUGUCUCACCUGGUCGGGCAGAGCUCGGAGGCUGAGGACCUACAUUAAUGGAACCCUUCUGCAUGAGGCCCCUGUGAAUCCUAACCUACCCCAACAGCUGGCCCCAAACGGCACACUCACUCUGGGGGUUUCUCAUAAUGUGAAUACAAACGGGGAGGUGCAGCCAGAGAGCGGGAACAACCUGCUGGGGGAGAUCGGUCGGUUCAGGAUCUGGUCCAGAGAGUGGAGUGCUGAGGAGCUGAGUGGGCAGAGCUGUGCAGAUGGAGACGUGGUGAGAUGGGACCAGCGGCAGUGGAAACACGGCUGCCCUCCUGUGCCUGACAACAGCCUUCACUGUGCUUGGUCUCUCUACAAAAUCCAAAUGUGGACAUUCGUUCACGCUAUGGAACCUGGAAACUGUGUUGUCUCCCCGGAGGGAGUCACAAGAGGCUGGCUGGAGAGCAUUUUCCCUCAGACCAUUUCUGUCCACGACAUCUCUGUGUCUUCCCAAAGCCGCAGCUGCCCUGGGGUUAAUGAUUCUGCAGCUCUGCAUGUGCGACAGCCUCAGGGAUCAACAGCGUCACCAGACUCCCUCUGUGACAAGUGUUUCCACUGUGAAGUCAAUGUGAAUGUGAAUCCUGCCGCCAACGUAGAAGCAGCUCAAACAGACAUUACUUCUCUGCUGAGUUUGGCCUUCUCGUACAACUUCUUCAACCUGUCAGCUGACCCUAACAGCAUUGUGGUACUUCCUGUGGUGUCCUUCCCUGUAGUAUCAGAACCACCAACAGCUGUCACUACUACUGCAUCUACAUCAGAAACAGGUCCAACUCAAAGUCGACCGGCUUGUCCCGCUAACGUGUCGACGACAGGGGAUCCUUCAGAUCGGAAUUUGAGUGCCUUCGGACCGGAUACGUUCUUCAGAGUCAAUAUGACGUUACAGAUGAAUGGUGGCCCCACGAAUCCUAAGGUUAUCAUUAAGAAAUGGGUGAAAGAAUCACUGGAGGUGAAUGGCACCAUGAUUGUACUGAAUCUCGUCAUAAAGGAGAAAGUCGGCCGGUACAUGGACAAAAACAAUAAACUGACAAUUUCCUAUCAACAACAAAAACACUAUUACUGCGCCUUCCAUGUUCAGGAGUACAAAAAAAACAGUGUGGCAGAAAUCAUAACUUUCAUUAAUUCUGCACUGACGUCAAAGCACCAAAAUGGCUCCAUUAUUAUUGAAGCUGUGGACUUGGCGAUAAAGCAAAUAUUGCCAGAAAACUGUUUAGAAGAAACCAGAGCAACGAUCUAUGGAGAAUAUAUUUGGCCUGCAGCAUUUCCACAAGAACAACAAGAGAUGGUAUGCAGAAAACCUCCGUCAAAAAGAGCUCACAGGCUUUGCAAGUUAGACAUUACUACUGACAUGACCAGCUGGGCUAGGCCUGAUAUGAAGAACUGCAAGCAACUUGUGACCAUGUCCGACCUUUUCAAUAUCACGGUCACCACUGAUAACGCUGCUGAGGUGGUGGACAUUGUUCAGGACCUGGUGGACGUUGGGUUGAGUAACAGCUCCGUGCUCUCAUCCUUGGAGCUGGAUUCCGUGGUGAGGAAGCUCAAUGAAGUGGUUGAUAUCAGUGUCAUCAAACCUGCUGUUGGGGGUGAUAUAGUCAAUGUCAUCGCUGAUAUCCUGCUCUCUGAAACCAACGUCACACAAGUGGCUACAACAGUCCUCAAGCUGACGGACAGAAUGGCAGACAACAUGUUUUUCAGUGAUCAAUCUGUGAGUGUCACCGCUCCUUCACUGGCACUUUCCAUGGUCAACGUAGCUGCAGAUGGAUUCAAGGGCCUCACCUUCGGUGUGUCCUCAGUUUCAUCUCUCCUGGAUCUGAAGACAUUUGUCAACUGGAAUUUCGUGAGUGAACCACUUCCAGACACAGAUGCAACCAUCUCUCUGCCCUCUGAGCUCAACAACUGUUUCACCAGAGACACAACUCGUGUUCAGUUUCAGUUCCAUGGAACACCCGAGCUUUUUCAGGACACCACCAGCACAGCUCAUAGCCAGUGGACGCUGAACUCUUAUAUAGUAUCCGCCAGCAUCAAUGACACUGACGUCAGCAACCUGAGUGAUCCGGUGGUGGUGACUCUCAGCCAUCACAAACCCAAACUGCCCGACGACAGGGUGCAGUGUAUGUUUUGGGAUUUCAGGAAGAACGGUGGACUGGGUGGUUGGAACGGCAGUGGUUGUGAAACCAGGAGUAUUUCUCCUCAUCAGACCAGCUGUCUCUGCGAUCACCUCACAAAUUUCGCGGUGCUCCUGGAUGUGUCCAGAACUCCCAUCAGUGAAGCCAACAGCUACAUUCUGACUCUGAUUUCAUAUCUUGGAUGUGGGAUAUCCUCCAUCUUUCUGGGUAUCACUCUACUCACCUACCUGGUGUUUGAGAAGCUGCGUCGGGACCACCCCUCUAAGAUCCUCAUCAACCUGUCAGCUGCUCUGCUGGGACUGAGCAUGCUGUUCCUCCUGGACUCCUGGUUCUCAUCCUUCUCCAGCUACGGCCUGUGCAUUGCCACCGGUGCAAUGCUGCACUACUUCCUGCUGGCCUCGUUCACCUGGAUGGGCCUGGAGGCCGUUAACAUGUACCUCGCCCUGGUCAAGGUCUUCAACAUCUAUGUUCCCUCAUAUAUCCUCAAGUUCUGCGCUGUAGGAUGGGGUAUUCCUCUGGUCGUAGUCGGUCUGGUGCUGGCAAUAGAUAAAGACGCUUAUGGCAAUGUUGUGGCUGAACAGGCUGCGAGCAGGGACCAGUCCACUGACCCAUUCUGCUGGCUGCAGGAUGACGUCUUCUUCUAUGUGACCGUGGUGGCAUUUGUUCUCCUGAUCCUGUUGGGCAACAUCGCCGUGUUCGUCGUGGUUCUGAUCCAGAUCAGACGGAUGAGAGCCAAUAAGCCCUCAGCAAAGAGCAUCGGCUCGCUGCAUGAUCUGAGGGCGGUGGCCAGUCUCACCGUCCUCCUGGGCCUGACGUGGUCAAUGGGCUUCUUCUCCUUUGGGCCGGGCCGAGUGGUCAUGAUGUACCUGUUCUCCAUCCUCAACACUCUGCAGGGCUUCUUUAUUUUCUUGUUCCACUGUGUGAUGAAGGAGAACGUGAGGAAACAGUGGAGAAUCCACUUGUGCUGCGGACGCUUCAGGCUCAGUGAUUACUCAGACUGGAGCCGCUCUGCGACAGUGGGGGGCGGCCGCAAAAAUAACAAUCUUAUCAACUCAGGCUCUUCAGACAACACCUCCAGCAUCAGGAAUGUCUCGGACUCCUCUACGGGCUCAGCACCAUCGCACCACCAGGGGGCAUAAGCGGCCACCGUAUGAGACGUUCUGUGAAGC